CUCAGCAUCAGCAAAUGAAUACUGAAGUGAAAUCAUACAAAUGUGAAGAAUGUGGUAAAAUUUUUAAGUACUCUUCAUCCCUAAGGAAACAUAGGCAAAUCCAUACUGGAAAGAAACUCUAUGAAUGUAAAGAGUGUGGCAAAGUUUUUAAAAUUUGCUCAACACUUGUUCAACAUCACAGAAUUCAUACGGGAGAGAAACCUUACAAAUGUGAGGAAUGUGGUAGGUCCUUUAUUCAGCAGUCAAACCUUAAUCAACAUCAAAGAAUUCAUACUGGAGAGAAGCAUUACAAAUGUCAAGAAUGUGGCAAGGCCUUUAAGAAGCCCUCAUGCCUUGAUCAACAUCACAGAAUUCAUACUGGAGAGAAACCUUACAAAUGUAAGGAAUGUGGUAGAUCCUUUAGCCAGCAGGCAAACCUUACUCGACAUCACAGAAUUCAUACUGGAGAGAAGCCUUACAAAUGUCAAGAAUGUGGCAAGGCCUUUAAGGAGCGUUCACCCCUUAAUCAACAUCACACAGUUCAUACUGGAGAGAAGCCUUACAUAUGUCAAGAAUGUGACAAGGCCUUUUCACGGAGGUCAUUGCUUAGUAAACAUCACCGAAUUCAUACUGGGGAGAAACCUUACAAAUGUAAGGAAUGUGGCAAGUCCUUUAAACAGCGCUCAGUCCUUACUCGACAUAACAGAGUUCAUACUGGAGAGACACCUUACAGAUGUCAAGAAUGUGACAAGGCCUUUAAGUGUCACUCAGCCCUUAGGAAUCAUCUCAGAACUCAUACUGGAGAGAAACCUUACAAAUGUAAGGAAUGUGGCAAGGCCUUUAAACAGCGCCCACACCUUACUCAACAUCACAGAGUUCAUACUGGAGAGACACCUUACAGAUGUCAAGAAUGUGACAAGGCCUUUAAGUUUUACUCAACCUUUACUAAUCAUCUCAGAACUCAUACUGGAGAGAGGCCUUACAAAUGCGAACAAUGUGGCAAGGCCUUUCAGCAGAGAUCAUCGCUUACUGCACAUCACAGAAAUCAUACUGGAGAAAAACCUUACAAAUGUAAGGAAUGUGGCAAGGCCUUUUCAUUGCGCUCAAACCUUCAUAAACAUCGCAGAACUCAUACUGGAGAGAAGCCUUAUAAAUGUGAAGAAUGUGGCAAGGCCUUUAACCAGCGCUCACACCUUACCAAACACAGGCAAAUCCAUCCUGGAGAUAAACUCUACAAAUGUAAAGAAUGUGGCAAAGAUUUUAAAUUUUACUCAGCACUUACUCGACAUCACAAAAUUCAUACUGGAGAGAAACCUUACAAGUGUAAAGAAUGUGGCAAGGCCUUUAACCAGCACUCAGCCCUUAUUCAACAUCACAGAAUUCAUACUGGAGAGAAACCUUACCAAUGUCCAGAAUGUGGCAAGGCCUUUAACCAGCACUCAGCCCUUACUCAACAUCACAGAAUUCACAGUGGAGAGAAACCUUACAAAUGUCCAGAAUGUGACAAGGCCUUUAAGAGGAAAUCAAACCUUACUCAACAUCACAGAAUUCAUACUGGUGAGAAACCAUACCAAUGUCCAGAAUGUGGCAAGGCCUUUCACCAGCACUCACACGUGACUCAACAUCACAGAAUUCACAGUGGAGAGAAACCUUACAAAUGUCCAGAAUGUGACAAGGCCUUUAAGAGGAAAUCAAACCUUACUCAACAUCACAGAAUUCAUACUGGCGAGAAACCAUACCAAUGUCCAGAAUGUGGCAAGGCCUUUAACCAGCACUCACACGUGACUCAACAUCACAGAAUUCACAGUGGAGAGAAACCUUACAAAUGUCCAGAAUGUGGCAAGGCCUUUAAGAGGCAAUCAAACCUUACUCGACAUCACAGGAUUCAUACUGGAGAGAAACCUUAG